CGGGCACCGAUAAGCACAUCAUCACCGACUUUGAAAGGAUGAUCCAUUCUCGAUCGGUUCGCACGUGCUACCAUGAGAGUCUGGGAAGCGGCUAUGUGCUCAUGUGCGGUCUUCAUGAUCGACGUCAUGUGUGCAACCCAAUCAUCCAGCGCGGCACAACUCGUGUCGGGGUGCAGCUGGGACGGUCGAAGGAAGUCCGCAGGAACACGAAGGUGAUAGCCGAGGUCGCAAUAGUAAGGCGACAUCCUGGUGGCUGGCGAGACGACUUGGUUGUAGGCUAUCUCCGCGUGGGCAAGAUGGAGAUUCCACUGCUGGUCGUCACGAAUAAUCUUUCGGAGAAUAUCUCCGAGAGUCCUGUUCGUGAUCUCGGUCUGACCAUCAGUCUGAGGAUGGUAAGACGAGGAGAAGCGGAGCUGAAUGUCGUACACCUCGUGGAGCCGUCGCCAGAAUCGGCUGGUAAAGCGCGGGUUACGGUCAGAUAUGAUGCUCAGAGGUAAGUCGUAGUCACGCACGACUCGGUCAAACACGGUGUCGGCGACCUCACGUGACCUGAUGGCAUAGCGGCACGGAACAAAGCGUGCACGCUUCG